AUGGGUGUGGUUUCGGAAGAGGCGAUCAAUCAGUUCCAAGCACUGAUGGACAUAGUUGAGGAACCGCUAAACAGAACAUUCAAGAAUGUUCACCAGGAACAUCCAAGAGAAGCUCUGGUUCGUUUCCUAAAAGCAAGAGAGGGAAAUGUUGCCAAGGCCCACAAGAUGUUGGUAGAUUGUUUAAAGUGGAGGGUGCAGAAUGAGAUUGAUGAUAUAUUAGCGCCUUACAUAUACGGAAGAAUUUCCACUUUUACAAUGCUCCAACUCUCUCUCUCUCUCUACAAACUAGACACAACCAUUGUGGCAACUGGCAAGAAGCCCAUCGUUCCUGCUGAUCUGUACAGAGCUAUACGUGAUUCACAACUUAUAGGAUUACCAGAAUACUCAAAAGAGGGCCUUCCAGUCUUUGCUAUCGGCGUAGGUCUCAGCACUUUUGACAAAGCAUCUCUCCACUACUAUGUGCAAUCACACAUUCAAAUCAAUGAAUAUCGGGAUCGUGUCGUUUUGCCUGCUGCUACAAAAAAGUAUGGGAAACUUAUAAGCAAAUGUGUGAAAGUGUUAGAUAUGACGGGCCUGAAGCUUUCAGCAUUGGGCUACAUAAAGCUACUGAGUAUAAUUUCUACCAUUGAUGACCUCAACUACCCAGAGAAGACACUUACAUAUUAUAUAGUGAAUGCUCCAUAUGUAUUUUCAGCUUGUUGGAAGGUUGUCAAGCCUCUUUUGCAGGAGAGAACAAGGCUAAAAGUUCAGGUGUUGCCAGGUUGUGGACAAGAUGAGCUGUUGAAGAUAAUGGACUACUCAUCCCUCCCGCAUUUCUGCCGGAAAGAAGGUUCCGGAUCUUCCCGACAUUCAGGAAAUUCCUCCUACAAUUGCUUUUCCUUGGACCAUCCUUUUCAUCAACAACUUUACAGCUACAUUAAGCAGCAAGCGUUGAUCCGUGAACCUGUUGCACCAAUCAAACAGGGAUCUGUUCAUGUGGAUUUGCCGGAGGCCGGUGUGGAAGGAACAGAAUUUGCCAAGAUCUUAGAAUCCAAGAUCCAGACGUUUGGGAAUCAGGAUGGGCUUGCUGAAGCAUUGGAUAACCUGAAAUCCGAUAAUGAUCGAACCUAG